AACGGCUUUGUUCGAAACUGCCACUAUUGUGGCGGGCUGCGAUACACGAUCGCUUGGUUAAGUUUCGAUUCUUACUUUGCGACUGAAAGUGGAUUUUUUCCUCGCAAGAUGGCGAAGAAAACGUGUACUCCCUUCUGUGACAACAAAAAGGCAUGCCCAAAGCACCAUGAUCUUCUUUUGACCUUGAUAAAUUGCUCGGAUAGAAAGAAUCAGGAAGCGAACGCUUGUUUUGAAGAAUAUCAAAGCACCGUUAAAGCGUACCUGAAGAAAGGCUGGAACGUCAAUGAUGCAAUUCCUGAUCCUGUACGAAACUACCGAUUUCCACUCCUACAUUGGGCAGGAGUGAUGGGAAAGACGAGAGCUUUGGAAUGGAUGAUCAAUUUCGGUAGGUAAUCUAUUUCGUUUUGCUGACACUACAGCUAAACCAAAACUUGGCUAAUACAAUCGAAUCUAAUAGAUCGGCGAUCGCGCAGGCCUUCCCUUGGCCUGUUCAUAUCUUUAUUCACUCCGAAUGCUGUUAGCGCGAGGGCACGCUAUCUAGUUAGAAGGAAAACGUCCUCUAAACACGUCUGAUUUUCAAGGCGUCAAAAAGAGGAACCGUUGUUUGACCAUUUUGAUGUUCGUUUAUAUUAUAGAAAGACCAACUGCAUUAACAUGUUUGUUGUUUGCGUUGAUAGUUGCUGGGUAUGCAGAAAAUCCUCUCACACUGGUCCGCACCAGGUAAUAGGCAGAUUUAGCAAAGAGAAAGCGACGGCAGUAAUGAAAAUCCUGGCAGAUCUAAAUACCAGCUUAACCAAUAGGAGAGUAGGAAAUUGAGCACUGGAAGUUCAGUCUUUUCCUUUGACUGUUGCAUCCUCAUUCAACAUUAUGUAGACCUUGCUAGAUCUGUUUGAUAAGGCAUGACAACAGAUAUACAUCUUUUGAAAUUUGCUAAAACGUGCCCACUAGGUUUUUGCGCGAGAGUGGGUGUCGCCCAUGUCCAAGAGAGGGUAGCCAAAAAAAAUGGAAGUGCUUGCCAUCAUGCCAGGUGCUGGAAGAUAGCCCAGGCCCAGAAAUAACUGAAGAUGGGUGGGCAGCAGCUCUGUGUCAAAAGUAGGGGUAGUUGUGCUUGGGUCUGUGGAGACCAAAGAUUGGGAUACACUGGGGAACAUGUUGCUGUAACGCAUCGAAGCAACAAAUAACUCCUUGUGUUCAGGUCAGGUGACAGGUUGUGUGACACAUUGCAGUGGAAAAAUGCUUUGUGUGUACUGGAGAAUUUUUGUGAAGAUCGUCUCCACAACAGAAUUUUGUCACAACAAGAAGUUGCACUAAUUCAAUCUGAUUUGACUUUGUGCAACUUGUUGUGGCAACAAAAUCCUGAUGCAGAGAUAAAGAUUUUCACAAAAAUUCUCCUGUACACAACACCGGGGGCACUUGGGUAUUUUUUGGGUGGGUAUGUGCCGCCUGGGACUCCAAAUUGGCACCCCGUUAUGAAAAAAAUUCCCCUAAAAUUGAUACCCUGUUCUAGAAAUGGGCCAAUUUUUUACACUCCGUUCUCGAAAGUUUGUAAAUUGAAAUAGCCCUGUUUUUUUAAAAAAAGAUAUUUCUUUAUUUGUUCGACUCAUACAUCAAAAAAAAAUUCCCCUAAAAUUGAUACCCUGUUCUAGAAAUGGGCCAAUUUUUUACACUCCGUUCUCGAAAGUUUGUAAAUUGAAAUAGCCCUGUUUUUUUAAAAAAAGAUAUUUCUUUAUUUGUUCGACUCAUACAUCAAAAAUUAAUGAAUGCCUCUUCAUAAUCAGCAACAAUUACGUAAAUAAGUAAUUUCAAAUGGCUGCUUACAAAACUGGAGCUUUCGUGCGUUUGAAAUAUUAUACCCCGUUCUCUUUCGAAAUUUGCUAAAACGUGCCCACUAGGUUUUUGCGCGAGAGUGGGUGUCGCCCAUGUCCAAGCGAGGGUAGCCAAAAAAAAUGGAAGUGCUUGCCAUCGUGCCAGGUGCUGGAAGAUAGCCCAGGCCCAGAAAUAACUGAAGGUGGGUGGGUAGCAGCUCUGUGUCAAAAGUAGGGGUAGUUGUGCUUGGGUCUCUAGAGACCAAAGAUUGGGAUACACUGGGGAACAUGUUGCUGUAACGCAUCGAAGCAACAAAUAACUCCUUGUGUUCAGGUCAGGUGACAGGUUGUGUGACACAUUGCAGUGGAAAAAUGCUUUGUGUGUACGGGAGAAUUUUUGUGAAGAUCGUCUCCACAACAGAAUUUUAUCACAACAAGAAGUGUUCGACUCAUACAUCAAAUGAAUGCCUCUUCAUAAUUAGCAACAAUUACGUAAAUAAAUAAUUUCAAAUGGCUGCUUACAAAACUGGAGCUUUCGUGCGUUUGAAAUAUUAUACCCCGUUCUCUUUCGAAAAUGCCUCUGAAAUGGAUACCCCAUUCUAAAUCAGGAGCUUCAAAAUCACGACCCCGUUGGGUGACACAUACCCGUAUAGGUAAUGUGUGGGAGUACCCCCCCCCCCCUCCGGGACACAACAUAAGCUUAUCAACCUUUGUUUGUGUGGCCAUUGUUGUCAUUGAAGUAUGAGCAGCGAUCUUUUGUACUCAAUAGAAGAAGUACAGAUAAACAUAACAGCAGCUACGAUUUACUCCAAAAUACAGGUUUGAACCUUAAUGUUCCAGAAAAGUUUAAAAAAAAUGUUAACUUAGUCGUUUGUCAUGUUUUUUUGCUGUCCUGAGCUGUUAAAGCCUCUUUUUGUGAGAUGAUUAUUUGACCGGCUGUUUAGAACUAAUGAAAGAGACAAGGCAGGCAACAAUCACACGUCACCUAGUCCACUUCAUGCUGGAACUGAUGCCAAACCAUUGAAUUUCUCAGCUCGAAAACAUGAGAUAUGUCUUCAUGCCUGCGCCAAAGCUCACCUCAAUCCUUUAAGAAUUAACCAUGAAAAGUGAUACUGAAGUUGUAAGAGCAGUCUUUUGAAUAUGAUAGCACAGGCAUCCCAAGCUCAUGUUACGAGUGUGAUGAUGUAAAUUUACUAUUUCACAAGAGAGUCGGUGUUGCAUUACAAGCAACCUUUGAGACUUUGUAGGAGAAAUAAAACACUGAGGUUUGCGAAUGCUGAAUAUAAUUAUUUCUACUUUUUUCCUAAAUAAAGGAGACUUACCUUUUACAUAUUCCUGUGUUUUUUGGUGUGAAUUCAUCAAUUUAAUUGUUUUUUGGCUGUUAUUGUGUGACCCUUUGCCACUCUCUCCAUAAAACGAAGUAAAGACAGCACAGAAAAACAGGCGGCGGUCCAGACCUUGUCCACUCGAAGGCGGUUUGCGGCCCGAAAACCCAUCAAAUCGCAGAUUUCUUCGACAAGAGGCAAACUUCUAUCAUCGCUACGCUGCAGUAAAUGUUUAAAGGCAAAAUAGACCCACGUACAGUCAACUCUCGCCUUGCGGACACCCCGCUAUAACGGACACCCCGAUAAUACGGACAGCAGAUAAAUUCCGGGCAAAAAUAAAUUACAGACAUUUGACUAAAAUAAACUCUCACUAUUACGGACUCUCGCUACAGAGGACACUAACUUAAGGUCCCUACAGUGUCCGCUAUAAAGAGAGUUGACUGUAUGUCGCUGGAAAUGAGUAUUAAUUUUUCUCGUGCCAUGUCCAAAAGACAUUCUUUCUUCACAUGCUGUGAUUUCGAGAGUGGACAUGGUGUUGGUCCAAGAUCAAAUUUCCCUCAACCAAGGUAUAAUAUGUUUUGAAGAAACCAUUUACUACUACUCACUGGCUUUUUACAACUGCAAUUUAGACAUCAAGUGGGUUAAAAGCAAUGAGAAUAUAAUAUAUUCAAAGCACAUGGUUAAAAAUUUGUUUGACAAAUAAGUAUUUUGCAAAAAGGGAUUUCCCGCAAGAAAUAUUCAUGGCACGUGCUCUGGUGAAAACAAAGUCAGGAAAAUGCGUCUGUUCUUACAGAAAUUGUCCAGGCUUCAUGAAUUAAGAAAAAAAUAUGACAGUUUCAAUCUUUCAUCCUAACUGUACAUUACUCAAAAUUAUAUUAAAGCAAAGCUGGAAACUGCAUAACUGUAGUGAUUUGAGUUUUUUUAGUAGCUGCCAUUGAGAUCAGGAAGAAAUUUCGUGCCAGACAGAGUACUGCACUAAAUGGGCUUACAUAUGUCUAACAUAAAUUAGCUGUAACAAAAGAAAAAGUACAGCCUUUCUUUCAUUUAGUCAUUGAAUGGAGUUUACAAUGAUGUGCCAGGUAGACAACGUUUUGAGAAACUGAAAUAAAGGCUCUUUUUGCUGCAGGAGAUCCAUUUGCUGCAGAGAAAGUGGAUCUUGUGUAAUUUGUGCACCCCUAGAUAGAGUAUUGGUUGAAACUAUCAGCCCAUAUGUUGGUGAACAUGUUGGCCGAGUAUUGGUCGACUCUCGAUUACUGUAUUAGUCGAUAUGUUGAUCGAUAUGUCGGUCUACACUCAACCGAUAUGGUGAAUGGUGUAUCGGCUGACACUCGACUGUGUGUUAGCUGACAUGUCAGCCGAUACAUGGCCAGUAUACCGGUCGUCACUUGGCUGAUAAAGGGAGUGUCAAUUGUGGGUAGAAUCAGUAGACUGUUGGUGGAAUAUCGGUCGACUAUUGGUGGCAAAUUGGUCAACUGUCGUGUAAUAUAAUAUGUGUUUUAAAACGAGAAUGUGGGAGCUGGGUUUCAGUGUUGUGCGCAAGAUAUUGUGGCUCAGGGGUUUGAAAAUAGUUUCCUUUCUGUUGUUCGUGCCAUCCCAUGUCGGCCUUGCCGCGUCAACCUGUUUGAUUUCUGCCAUUGUUCUAGGCAUGUCAAAUGUUAGAUUGUCCUUGAAUACCUCUCAAAGGUGAUGAUACCAUAGCGGUCCCAAUUUUUUCCAAAAAACUCUUACACACACUUGUAAUUAUACUCUCACAUUAGGCUGGUAAAAGCUGCCAAAGGCCCUUAAAAACUCUUGCAUGGACAACAUAACAAAAAUUUGAGUAGACAAAAAAUAUACCAUCAACUAAGUCGAAGUGAAGUAUCGGCUGAAUUUCAGUAGCCUAUCGAUCAAUACCGUAAAAUUCCAAAAAUAAGCCCCUCCAUGUAUAAGCCCCUCCAAAUAUAAGCCCCCCAAACCAGUAACACAAAAAACCCUCCGUUAAAUCGCCCCUCCAAAUAUAAGCCCCCCAGGGGCUUGUACUUGGAAAAUUGCCCCCAAGUACAAAGAAAAACAAAGCAAAAACAGUAAAUUUACUUCCAACUAUAAGGCUAGCCCUAUCGAUUUUGAAACGCAAACUUCCGUCCGUAGAUAAGCCCCUCCAAAAAUAAGCCCCGGGGCUCAUUUUUGGAAUUUUACGGUAUGUCGGCCGACUAUCGGUCAACCUUCCAACCAAGCCGAUCUGUUGGUCAACGUGUCGUCUGACUAUCGCUCAACAUGUCGGCCGACAUGUUGAUCGAGUACCAGCCAAUAGUGUCGACCGAUACUCAAUCAAAGGGGUGUGCAAAUUACACAAGGUCCGAAAAAGCUACUGAAACCAAUUCUAUGGAAUGAAACUGUUUCAGAAAUUGACUUUAGCAGCUUGACUAGCUUACCUGAGGAUCAACGUGGAACACCCAAUAUGCAAAACACGCAAAAAAUGAAGGACCAUUUUAAAACUUUAGGUCACCAAAAGGCGACUUUGAAAGAAAUUGAGCUUGGGGCACUGUAUAAAUAUUUCAAUAAUGACAACAGCCACGUGAACAUGAACAGAGGGUGGUCUGCCUGUGGUACACAUGAGGGGAUUUGUCAUCACAACAUGUUGCUGCAACUUCUUGCUUAGUAUGUUCCAGCCUUAAGCGCCUCACCUUUUAUCAAAUCCAGUCAGAUAUACAUGUACACAUCACCGGUGUGCAUAAAUCUUAUCUUCACAUGUUCUCAGUCCUUGCAAGUGAGAACGGGUGUUGUUUUUAUAAAGUUAAAUAUAUUUAACACAGUUAACAAUGAGGGGCGUAAUCAGCAGUCAGUGGUUUGGCUCAAGCACAGUCAGUCUCAGCAUUUUCCUCGGGGCCACUCUCUUCGUUUAGCCUUUGGAUUAUUGUUUUAUGCCCAUCACUCCCCCUCCCUUUAUUUUUCUACUGAUAAAUCAGUGUGACAGGUGCCUGGUUCCAUUGGUGUGGGGGUUCAUGGCUGAAGGGCAUGGGUUUGCCAGCCAUGGAGGCGUAACUCUGUCUAGGGGCUGGCUGUGCCCUAAAAUUGAAGCCCUUGGACAUCCCAGGCACCCACCUCCACUGAGUGACACAGUUGUUUAAUAAUAUAUUUUAUACUUGAAUAUUCUGUAGCGACAUUGCAGUUUCUUAUUGAGGAAGGGAGACUAUUGAAGAGCUUGGCUCCACUGUCUUUUAAUGUGCUUGUAACCAAUGGUAGACAAUGAUCUCAGAGAUCUUGUGGGUUUAUAAAUAUUCCUCUUACCUUAGAAAUGAACAGCAGCUUUUGUAGUGCAGAGUCAAAGUGAGUUGAACACCAUUUACAGACGAAACAUCAAAUAGAGUGGGACUCUGCGGCCAAUCAAGCAAAACUAACUAUGACAGAAUGACUGGAGAACUGACAAUUUGACUAACAAUAGACGGGUGUUUAACUGUGACAGUAGACUGAUCGCAAUGCAUCAAUUACAUUACGAGUCUUCAUGGCCAAUAACAUUGUGAUGUAAUUGACCAAUGAGAUCAUGAUAACCAGAGUAUAGUACCAUCAACUGAUGUGAUACAACUCACUUUGACUCUGAAGAUGACUACCGCACAGGUUGUCGAAAUGUCAGUCACUGUCAACAACAACAGUCCUAUUCAGAACUACGUUCAGCCGGACAAUCAAAUUCAAAUUACUUUUGAAACGACUCCUGGGUUCAAACCUUUCACAAAACUUCUUAAAGCUACUGUACACAUAAACUUUGUCAUUUUUGGUCUGUUUGUGCUCAUCUUUCAUCACAAGUUGACAUUUAUUUUUUAUAUUUUAUGUUUGACUUCUGGAUUGUGUUCAUUAUAACAAGGAUUUUGUUAAAUCAAGGUUCUGUUCCAUACAUUUUACAGUAAUUUUGGCCAGGCUGAAGGAAAUAGUUUGUCAUCUUGAGGACUUUAUUGUAUAGAGCUUUGUUAAAUCGAGGUUCUACUGUAUUGCAUCCUACCAAACCUGAUGCUUUCCAUGUCAGGAGAGGGUGUUACAAAAACCGCAAAACCUGCACAGGAUAGUGAAAAAUACUGCACAGGAAAAAGUUGUAAAAAUGCAAUAACUACAAUCAAAUUUUUCAAAAUUUGUAAAACUGCAAACCCAUGGAUUACCAUAGGUUAAAACAUAAAUUUCCAUUUUGUGCUAGUGCUAAAUGUGAGAACUGGUGUCCAGUGAAACAAAGUGAAGGCAGGAAACAGUCUAACCUUUAGUCAAAUCCAUUAUUUCGUUGCUUUGGCCUCAGGCCUGACAUACACACUUUUCAUGAACCAAUUUGAAACUCAAUUCAUGAACACGAGCAGAAAAUAACGAUAGCAAGAAGCAAGUGUGCCACAUAGGAAAUAGUGAUGUUUGAUACAGCUCUAAUUUGUUAUGAUCGGCUCUGGUCAUAGGCCUUUUAAGGAAUAAGAAAUUGAACUUGGACAUGACGCAAGCAAAUUAAUUUUUGCUAUGUAGUUCUUGCUCACCUCAUCCUUAGAUAAAUUACCAAGUGAGGUGGAUUGAAAAGAUGAGAGAAAAUUUGAUCUUCUUGAAUAAAUUGCAUAACCCAGUUAAAAAUCAGUUAAGAUCCAACUAAAUUUGCAUUUUAUAAAAAAGCAGUAUGUUUUGAUUAGUGUAUUGGUCAGGAAUAACUUGGUUAAGUUAUCUGGUGUUCGCACCGUCUUUGUCUACCCGCAACUAGCCUUUAACAGUUACGUUGUAAUCAAUUGCUUUCCAGGUUUUAAUGUGACAGUUCGAACAUCAGGCUCUCAAGAAACCGCCUUGCAUAGAAGCGUUCUUUGUUUGAGUUACUCUGACAGACGACAUUCUAUAGACAAGAUUAAACGACUUGUACACUUGCUGAAGGAUUGUUUACCCCUACAAGACAAGUCCAUGCAAACGCCUCUUCAUGCAGCUUCGGUUAAACUGAUCACAGACACCGCCAGGAAUGAUUAUUACUCAGAAUUUGUGAUGGCAAUGGUGGCAAAGGCAAUGGAAAUCCCUGAAAAGACUUCUGACAUAUUAAAUGCGAAGGAUAAUCAGGGCAACACAGCACUGCAUUAUCUUGCACAAAAUGACAAAUUUGGCUUUGUUCCUCUUUCUUCUAUCAUCAAUGCUGGUGGUGAUAUAUCAAUUCUGAAUAAAAAGAAAUUGAGGCCUCUAGAUUUGGCCAUAAACAAAGGUUGCACAAGCAUAAUAAAGGCCUUGAAAACUCAUGGGAAAACCUCCAACCCUACUUGUGAUGAUAACAUUGUCUACUCUGCCGACAGCCCUCCAGCAUCACCUGUAAAUCAAAGUAGUGAGAAUCACCAGCAUGAUGUGUUGGAUAGUUCUGAAGUUGAAAGCCAAGCUGACCGCACCAACUUCAACAAUGCAGACACCCCAACACUCGAACAUAAUGAGGACAACUCUUCUACCAGCGUUUCCGAGGAUGUAUCCCCAGGCGAACCCACUUGUGCCGUGAAUGAAGUCUCAUCAGCCAUUGCAGCCACUGACCCUGACUCCGGCUCAACUGCUGAUGAUGCAGCUGCACCUGCUACUGAUCUCAAUGACGACGUGCCACAAACUGCAUGCCCUGAGGUUUCUUGUGAAACCCAUGAUGAUUCACCAGCCGCUCUUGAUGCACUGUCAGUCAAUACAGAUGAGGCAGGACCUUCAUGUGAAGCAAGUGGAAACAGCGUGGAGGGGGAAUGUAGAUGCAGUGCUAUAGGGGUGCAGACUCCUCUGUUAAGUCGAUACUCGUGUAUUGUCCACGUCAAACAAGAGCAGCUUUCUCCAGUAAGUAAUAAUUCACAUUCUUCUACAUGUUAUUAACUUAUAGCUAUGCAGAACUGCAAAUAACAGUUGGUCGAUGGACCUUGUCUGACUACAAUAUUUUUGGCGCAAUGUCCAACUUAAUCUUAACUGUGGUUGGACAUGAUGUCAUGACAAAAUCGUAAGAUUGCUUUUUAUACUUCAGGUGACCCUGAUAGGACAUGUAGUAGACUUCUACUAUCUAUGCUUAGGAUGAUCAAGCACAGCUUUAUUACAAGUUCUGUGUGAGAAUGUUUUUUCUGAAUAAUAUGUCGAAUUUUUCUGGAAAUGGAUUCUAAAGGACUUUGUCUUUGUUCAAGAAAGGAGAAAGAAAAUGUUUGAGUGAUCACUUCCCCCAUAGAACACAGUGAAAAUGAAGUUUCAUGUCCUAGUGUGAAAUGUACAACAAAAAAACCCAUGAUGUUCCUUUGCCAAUCUUAACCUAUUUAAUUUUUGCUCUUCUCAUUGCUGUUGCCACCAUGUUGCUCGGGCUCCCUACUGUUUGAAGGGCCCUCUGACCACCUCUGGCCUCAGUUUCCUUGAGAUAAGUAAUUCUCGCACAUAACGUUCACAGUUCUCUAGGAAAAAGUAGUGUGACUGCCAUCAUACCGAACAACAUGUGCAGUGCAUUGAUAGCAAGUCAUUAUAAAAAUCCUCAAUCACCUUAUGGUCUUAGCUUACAGGCUCUUUGCUUUUCUUUCGACAACAUUAUUCAAAUAGCUGUAUAAUAAAUAUGCAUUAUUGACCAUAAGCCUGAGGUCAAGAUGGCUAAAUGUUAGCCAAGUUCUUUUUUGCAUAUUUUUUUAAGGACCAAGGCAAAGUCAAGGUUGAGAAAAAAUGCAACAAAGAACAAGGCCAAUAUGCAGCCAUCUCACCCGAUCAAGCUUGGACAAUAAAUGGAUUAAUUAUUUGGCUUAAUGUGUGAACAACGCAGGAACUCCCAAGCAGGCUAGGUGGGCCCUUCUUGCCUUGCCUUCUCAGGUAGCCUAUCAGAACACAGGAUUCGCUUCAUCUUGCCCACUUGCUGAUUCCGCAAUGUAACAAUAUAAACUUUUGUGUACCUGUAAGCAUGCAACCUGAAAACCCUCCUUGUGCAGUAAGGGACUUUUAACUCCCAGAAAAUCAGAAAAAAAGUUCUACUUUUAGGUAGCCUGGGCCAGCUGCCAUAUUUGGCUUAGUCUAUGAUCAGACUUGGUGUGUCACACUGGUGACAAAGUUCAUUGUAUCAUUGUAGUACUUCAUUACAGUUUUAUUGCCCUGCUCUAAGCAUAAUGCCUAGCUUUCAGUUUAGUACAUUAAUCCCCUUUUAUAGCCUGUUUUCAAAGAGGGAGGAUACUCUGGAUAAUUAUUGAAGUACCUUGUACACACUUGCUUUCCUUAUUACAUGAACAGAGAUGCUAAACUCUGGAGAUCUAAAAUCUGGAGAUUGUUUCUUUAGUACCAUCCAACAUCAACCACCUCCAAGUUAAUGGAUGUGGCUCAAGACAUUAUAUAUCUUACAUCUACAGACCAUCAGUCUAGUAGUCUAGAGACUGAUGAAAUACAGGAAAAAAUGCCCCAGAAACCAUACUAUGACGAAAAAAGUGUUAAAUUUGGGGGAAAUGAGCUAAUUACAAAUCAAUUGUAUGCGGGAGAUUUGCUGACCCAUAGGGGAGACUAGGAGAUUUGUGCCAUAUCCAGGUGACUGCCUGAUAAUCUGGGAGCCGUGUCUGGUUACAUCCUGUUUCUUCCAUGCCACCAAUCAACCUGUCUUAUCACACUAAUGCUGUUAUUACGGGGCAAACAUUUCCCAUAUCAGAACAGAACUCAGCAGCGAAAGAUGCUGUCCUCGUCUUAACCACUGGCUUACUCACAUAGUUGACUAGUUCGACUUCACAGGCAUGUCAGAGGUAAAGGGCCUACGAUGUUUCUUGUUGUCACCAGUGUAUAUUCUCAUAUAUAGGGACAGCACCUCAGUCAGUCAGUUGGGUGUAUGAGAAUCAGACCAGCUAAGCCUAUAGCUAGCAGCGUCUGAAAGUGGCUCAUUACUUGCGGCAGAGCAUGUCAUUUCUGUAUUAGUCCCAUAAGUCUUGUUAGAACACACUGGAACAGGCUGCAGACAAACAAUGUCUUGGUUAUUGUCCCUCCAGUCGGAGAUAAGGUCACAGUGAAAUCUCAAUCAGUCUGGCUUACUUACUUGUUUGACUUGUCUUGAGUUCAACUUCACAGGCGUGCCAGGGGUUAAAUACCGUACCUGUGAAUUGUUUCUUGCUGCCGCCACUGUACAUGUAUGUUCUCAGAUACAGAGACAGCAGUCACAGCAUCCCAGUCAGUAGCCAGAAAGUAGUUUCUGGGCGUAUAACAACUAGGCUUAAGGAGAGCACUGCAAAAUACAAGGUAGUACAAAAUUGCUAUCCCGAGAAGGUGACAAAUAAAGCUAAAUUUAAAUAACACUUCUUUGUGAUGUUUCCCACGAUAAGGCCCGAGCAGACUUUACAACUGAAGGAUACUUUGUUAGAGGAUUACUAUGUCAGCUUUGUUUUCAAACAGCAUUUUCUGUAAUUUUAUAUAAAUUACUGACUACAUUAAAGACUAAAGAACAUCAAGAUGAUAGAGACUACGCCCUUUUGAUGGUGGGGGUAGCCUACGAAGCUAGCGGUUUUUUGAUGUUUUUUUUUUCUACAAGGCCUUGAGUGGACAUGCCAGUCGUACCGCAGAUUAGAACUUGGACGUAUGAUUCGAUUUUUGAAUACAUGUAAAAAGGAAACAAAUUGAAAUAUUUGUUUUUACUCUCCCCAUACCGAAUACAGACAGCAUAGGUCUAGCCCAAAAAUGAUUGUUGGACAAAUCUUUUUUCUAAGACGUACCCUCUACCGUACAUUUAGAUUGGUACAUUUGGCGUUAAAAAAAAGUUGUUUCAUUUUGUGUCAAAUACUUGUGGUACUUUUUGCCUUAAAAAGUUGUUCAAUUUGACUUAAAAAGCUGCUACAUUACGAGUUUAUAAUUAAGUUCAACGUAACAAGCAUCGUAUGAAAGUUACGCGCGAAGUGUUUUCGUUACCAGGCCUUGAACGUGUAUUUCGGUCAAAAUGGCAGUCACCCACGAGUAAGUAAUGAAUAUUUAUCGGCUAAUUUUGCAGUUCAUCUCUUGAAUAUUUGCAUUUUGAGCGAAGCUUUGUUUCUUUUCAUUAGUGCGUCAGCUAGUUGUGAGUUACAACUUGCACUGAACAAGGACGUGCCCAAAUGUACACAGCAAUCGAAGGGAACCAUAACUAUUUGCUCCAAUGCUACGUGUCCGUACAGCCAGGCUGUUUUUGUGAAAGUAAGGUUAUCUGAGAGUCUUUGACUGUACAUGAUUGGUAUUUCACUGGAAACUGUACGAUAUUUAUCUUCUUUUACCUUUCGUUAAUGGAUAUUAGAAACCCGUUUGCCACCCUCGCCUCAGCUGGUUUUGUUUUUGAUUUGUCAAUUCCACGUGCAACUUCAUUUCGCGCGUUCGAUAACAUUCAUCACUUGGACUGCUAUUUGAUGAGUGAUUUAUAAACCCUAAAACAGUUAAAGCACUGAAAGUAUCAUAUUCUUGGAUUAUUUUGACUGCAGGACAUAGUGCGAGCCAUGCAAAAGAAAGGAUUAAUACGAAAAAAAAAAUAACCGAAAGCUAUAAUCCGUUGUAAAUGAGUGUUUAGCGCUAAAAAGUGCUUAACCUUAACUUAAGCCUAAUCCGUAAAGCGAGUGCUUAACCCUGGUCAGUAGAAUGAGCGCUUAACCCUAAUCAGUGAAAGUCGAUCAAUACUGCAAAAUCCUGCAAAUAUUCCAUCAGCAAAACCUCGGAACUAAGCAGAAAACAUUUUUCAUGUAUUUACAAUUUCAUAAAACUCUAGUUAGUGUCGUUUCAGCGAGACUCGUAAUCUGCAACGCGUUUUUCGCCCCGGUAAGGGGGGGGGGGGGUCCCUUAUAUAGGCUAUGUGGGGUGCCUAAGGGUAUGUUUUUUUGCAGCUGUUUUGGUCUGAAAAAGGGUAUCAAUUUCGACCAUUUUGGUCUGAAAUAGGGUAUGGUUUGUGCACUCUAGUGUCUCUGGGUAUGUUUUAGAAGAAUUAGCUACUUCUUCAUCAUUUGGCGAUAAGACCGUUUCCCUUUUAAUGUUUACGCCAACUACCAUGUAUGUGCCGUAACAGCUUGUCAUGCGCUUCGGUCAUGCGGCAGGCUCCAGGGCUUCAGGUCUGAAAUAGGGUAGGGAAAAUCACAGAUUUUUGUCUGAAAUAGGGUAAGAGGUUCAGGAAGCGUGCCAUACAUCCCCACCCAAUUUUUCUGGAAGUACUCCCUCGAGCAUUUUUGUCGUUUUUGGGUCAAAAAUGGUGGGUCAUUGUGCCAGGCGUUCCUUGCGGACACCGUGGAAACUGGGACUAAGAAUCGUUGCGUGAUGGAAGCCACACAUGUUUUGCGAAGAAAGCUUAGGAAAGAUUAAAUUUAGAGCUUUUCGGAAACGUGUCGGUCCAUAAAUUCUGUCGCUUGAAAGUGUUGAUUACUUUGGAGCAAGUGAACACUACUGAGUGGUCGAAAAAAAAUAAGAAUCUGAAUUAGCAAAAUUGCGAGGUUGGGUGUUGUAAACUUUCACUGUAUGCAAUGAGCAUGUGAUUUAUUUUUGGUGAUGAUUGAAAAGACGUGCCAUGUACAUCACUUUUUCGAUAUCUGGCAAUGAUGAUCAAGGCCUUUCAAUUUUCGUGUAUUUAUACAUGCGUAUAGCCUGCGACCACAGACGUAUUUCCGGUCGUCGCUAACACAUGUACUAAAUCAAUUUGGAAUCUGAAAGAAACAAGUAAAAAGUAUCGACAUCGAGAAAGUAGGAAGUAAAAAACAUUUAGCGAGUAAAUCUGUUUCAUUUCUUGUAGAAUUAAUCUCCUCCUCAUUUCUCAAGGCCACUGUAAGCGGCUUCUUGUUUUUGCAAUGGCUCGCAUAUUGUCCAGACCUACAUUGAUUCAGGCCUUGUGAUAAUUAGGGACAGGGCCUUAAAAGAAUUUCUUCAGGGCUGCAGGCUUGUUUUGGUAGAAAAACAAGAUCAUCCCGGGCACUUCCCACAUCAACCACAGGACAAUUUAAACAACAAAUUGUCAUCUGUUUGCUUUUCUGUGCAUCCCUUGUUAGCAUCCUCAUCAUUAGAUCCUAAUCCAGUGCUGUCAACUCUCCACGAUGAUCUCUGACUCCAGAGAUUGGACUGUAUCUCCUGGUCUCCAGAUUAAUCCUGGGUAAUCGCCGAAAUUUGCCAUUUCUUGUAGACUCGACUGUCCAACAAUGACACUUCAAAUAUUUUGCAUUGUGUGAGUUGUUUACUGUUAGCAUCGAACAUUUCCUCAUAAACUCUGGUAUGCCAUUGUAAUAAUGUGAUUGGUGGGAAGAAAGGCAAUCAGGUCAAAUGUUACAGUGCCAACAUCUUUUUCACGCAUUUUGUGUCAUAGCAAAAAUUUGUGACUAUCGGAGUCAACAAGCAUUUUUUUUUGCGCAAAUAACGCCGUGUACCGGUACCGUGUGUUAUGACAUCGUCUAUCGUUUGUUUCCUAUCAAUUCUCAAUAUUAGAAGACGUGGGGGGUUGAGAGCCUGCCUUCAUGUGAUCUUCUGGAGAUGGGUAAUGGGGGAGGAUACACUAAUGCUGCUACAGUUGGUAAAAGAAUAGAUUAAGAAAGGCUGCAAUGUGAUUACUGCAGACUUACCUUGCCAUCCCUCAACAACAACUACAAUUAAUUUUAUCUUAACAUAUAACUUGUAAAAGGCACUGGGACUGUUCUCAGGUAUUAGAGAUACUAUAAUUUAAUAGUUUGUGUUAUAAUUGAACAUUAAUUUUUGUCUGCAAAUUUGGCAGUUGAAGUUGUAUUUGUGUUAAUACAGUCACAGCUUCACUACGCAUGGCCACACAAUGGUAUACCUGCCAACUCUCAUGCCUUAGGCGUGAGUCUCACGCCUGCGGGUUGAAAACUUCGAUCUCACGCCGGCUCACGCCUGCGGGCCAAUUUCUCACGCCUGAUUGAAAAACGUGAGUUGUUGCCGUCCUGCUUGACACAAUUUCCAAAAAUAUGUUAACUCAGACCCAUGUAAGGAACGAAAACCAUUUGUAAAAUGAAUAAAUGGCAAUACCUUCCUCGCGAUCUCUGAUUUUUGAAGUGAAAAGCACUGGGAGCGAGCUCGCCUUUGGCGGACUUCGGCAGACUUCGGACGUCUUCGGAAGACUUCGGACUUCUUCGGGAAUCGUCAGAAAUGAUCGUGUCGUCUUCAAAAAUCCCAGCACUCCCAGGAUAAAAAUCUCACGCUUAUAUCUCAGAAAAAUGUUGGCAGGUAUACAAUGGCCACUUCUUUACAUCGGCCACUUUCCUGUCUUUAAGGUGGCCGUUGUAGAGAGGUUCAAGUGUAGCUACUGCAUUUCAUCAAUAACACUGCUGUUUUUCUUUUUGCAAAGUGUGAAAGGUGUCAACAGGAAUCAAUGGGGGAGAUAUCCUCCUCAUCAGGUAUUAUUAUUUGUUUUUUUUUGUAUCAAUUAUAUAUUGUUAAAUGCGUUGUGGUCCUUAACGAAGUGUGUGCGCCUGCCUUUGGACAUUUGAAUACAGUAACAUCGUUGUCUAUUAAGUGAACUAUCUGCUAUUCAACACCUCUGCAAGAUGGAUCCUUUUUUAACUGCCACAUCCUUGUUCUUCAGUCAUUUCUAUGAGUCAAUUUUUCUCUAUAAUUCUUAUAGCAGUAGAUGUUUUAUUGAAAAAAGCCAAUCCCGUCUUAGGGGAAGUUGACCGUUUGUACAUUAAGUAAUUAAAUAGCAAUCCAAAAAAAAAGAACUGAGGUCCAACUAUGCUUGCUGGAAUGUUAGGAGUGUUUUGAUGCCAACCAUCCACUGCUGCUUUUUAUCUGUUGUACAGAAAUGCAAUCCAUUGCUACAACUGAGAUGGCAAACUCUGUCAUUACACUGCUGCGAGGAGCUGGUUUACUGGACAACUUAACUGAGAUAGCAGAGAAGAGGAGGAUUGAAGAUGAACAUGUUCUUACAGAGAAGCUGGAGAUGGUUAAAGGUAUGUUGAUAUGUCUGACCUACUUGCAGCCCUGUACAUAAUUGAAGGGUUUCCCGCAGUAGGGGACCAUGUAAGCUUUUAAUUUAGGCUGAGUUAGCAAGAGGACGGGAACGUCAGUUGACAACGGGAUAGCCCGCGGAAAGGACUAAACACAACUUCCGGUGCUCAUUUUGCCGCUCUGCCAUUGGUCAAGCCAGUUGUUUGAUUUGCACGCUCCGUCGUCAACUGACAAUCCCAUUCUGUUGCUAAAUCAGCCUAUUAAUCAAUAUGUUGUUUUUGAUGAAAGAAGCUAAUUUUGUGCACUGUGACUUAUUUUUACAUGGCAAGUACCGGUACAGUUUUAUAUUUUAUUUUACUGUUUUUUGCCUUGUUUUUUGAGAAAAAGAAAAAACACAAUGUAAAAAGGCUCUGUUUUACAUCAUGAUACCAUUUGAAAAGCUAUUGUGGGUUGUUGAAAUUAAGCAAUAAAGCAUAGUAAGGCAUAUUACGUGUGUUAAAAUGCUAUUUUACAUGAAAUUUGCCUUUUGUUAUCCUCCACAAUUGACAAAGAGACUACAAUGUAAGCAGGAUAGAUCUUGUUUCUUAUAGGGGGUGUUGACCAACGCAUCAGUCGAGUGUUGGUCAAGAUAUUGAUUGAUUUGUCGUUAGAGUGUCAGGCUAGUGUUGGUCCUGUACCGGCAAUUGUCAGUUGAGUAUCAGUCGAAGAGUAACUGAUCAUCAGUCAUUCGUCAGUCAACAGGUGGUCGCAAUAGUUUCUGUACUGUGUCGGCAAUGCAUCAGAACCUGUCGGUCGAGUAUAGGUAAUGUAUCAGUGGCGCAUCGUGAGUGCUGAGACAAACAUUGUAUCUUCAUGUAAGCAAUGCACAGCAAAAAAGCAAUUACGGUUUUGAGGCGUGAAAUUGGACUAUCCACCUUUCUGGCCCAGGCCAACCUCAUCCCCAGGGUCUUCUUGUUUUCCAAUAUGGCAGCAGAAGGAGAGAAGACCCUGACAUAUAGCAGCCUAAGACAAUUGCUGAUUGGUGCGUUUCAUAUGUGGUCAUUGAUUGGGUUACAUCUUCAAAAACAAAGGUGGUGACUCGCGGUGGGUUCUUCAUAGAAAAAGAGCACUGUCCUUUGAGGCCUAACCGGUGAAUAGUCAAAAAAUGGAAUGCAGGAUGUAUUUUGUUUACUUUCAUACAUUCUCCUAUAAAUUCAAAGUCCCAACGAACUCCCACAGAGUUUGGGCUGCCUGUGAAAUAAUCAGGAAGAAUUGAUAGCUCAUUCUGAUUCUUCUUAAGUCUUUUUUUUUCUGGUGGCCAACUUGAUUAUCUCAUCAACUUACUGAUCAUAGCUUUUACAGGUUUGAAAAGAAUGCUGUAUGGUUUUCCUUUUUUUUUUUUGCAUAGAAACAAACAAUGAGCUAGAAAGCAGCAUCCAUGAAAUAGAAGAAAAGGAAUCGAUGAUUGAAAAAUUGUCUGCAGAGCUUGAAGAAUUAAAGAAAGAAGUUCAAACAAAAGCUGAUGAACGGGAGAGGUUGCUCCGCAAGCGAAAAAGUCUUAACGAGGAGUGCAAUUCUCUUCAAAAGAAGCUUCAUUAUUGUGAUAGUCUCUUAAAGUUUGUCCCUAAAGAAAAUUUGGACAGUUAAGAUCAUGGUUAUUGUAAACUACAUGUACAGGACUAUAAAUAUGUGUGUUCUAGCUGGAACACCUGACUAUCCUCCUUAUGAGGAACCAAAGGAUGUUUUUUGUCUGAAAUUUUGGUUUGAAGGAUUUUUGUGGUUUUGUAAACAGAAAGGCUUGGACAUAGUCAAACUGUGAAAAGCUAGGACUUUUUUGCGAAUAUUUUUAAAUCUUACACUAGUGUUCAUUUUUUCAAGUGUAGGUAAACCGGAAUUUUUGUACAGUUCUUACCUCCACGUGGGACCACCUCUCGUAAGCUGCCACCUCCCACAAGCAACCAUCUAUCAAAAGCACCAAAAUUUUCCUUGUCAAACGAUUGCAGUUAGAAGCUCUCGUCAAUGACCACAACCAAAUUUUUUUGCGAUGAGGGGUUUAGAAUUUUCCAUUGUUUUUACUCUCUUGUAAGCAAGUAUUAGACACAUCAUUAAUUAAUCUCUAUGUUCACUGAAUGCAUGUACUACACUGUUACAGAUUAUGCAAGAAUAUUUUCAUGACAACAUGAAACUACUCAUAUUGUAACUUAGAAAUAGCAUUCAGUGAAUCUCUUUCAAAAUGUAGAUGUGUUCAAACCUUUUCUAGGAAAAGACUUCCUGUGGAUAAAUUCUUGUAAGUGACCAGUGAAUCUUAGCAUAUUGGCUGGUUACUUAUGCAAGGUUUGACUGUAUUAACAAAUCCAUUCCCUAAAAAUUGGUUCUUACCUGUUCUAACUUGGAGCUUAAAUUGUUAUACUUUACGAGAACUUUAAGACAUGAUUUCAACUCGUAUGGAGGUUAUACUCAUAAGACAAAAAGAUAAUGAGAAGUGGUCUGGAAUUGCCCUAGAUUAGCAUUAAUUUGCCUUGAACAACUCAGCCAAGUUCUAGCUUUUUGUUGGUGUGCAUAUAAUGGCUGCAGUUGUUCAGAUCACUGAAAUUUUACCAAGCUUAAGUUUUCAUUUCUCUCAGACUGACAAGUGAGAUGUUCAACCAUCUCUGUAUUUUUGACACAUUUGUCAUCAUCUCUCUGUGCCAGAAGGCACAUGAAUGCUGUAUAUGUUUGACACAACACACAAGAAAUACAUUUCCCCAAGAGAACAGAAGGCCAGGUAAAAAAUUUAUUUAUGAGUUAGCAUUAACCAGCUUUUCAAUAAGAGUAACUGGGCUUCGGCACAUCAGGGUAUGAACUCACAGUAAUGCAGUGCUGUCAUCUCUCCCGGAUAAUCCAGGAGCCUCCAGAUUUUGGACCUUAUCUCCCAGUCUCCAGAUUAGAGUCUGAUCUCUCCUGGAUGAUCGCCAAAGUUGCUCUUUCUGUAGACUCGACUUUCAAACCAUAAAAUUUCAAAUAUUUUGCGUUUUUUGUGGUACUGUUAACGAGGAACGUUUCCUCAUAAAUUAUUCUGGUAUGCUACUGUAAUUUAAGCAAUAAUGUCUCGCAAUAUGAACUGUUUGUGUGCUAUAAACGUUGAUCAGAAUCAACGAGCAUUCUUGGCACAAAUGACGUCAUUUGUCGUGCGAUAUGACAUCAUGUAUCAUUCCUUCCCUCUCAAUUCUCAAUAUUUUGAUGACGUGGAGGUUGACAGCCCAGUAAUGGCUCACUAGUUUUUGCAGCAGUAUCAUAGGGCUGCUUAUUACAGUUAUUUUUCUUUUUUUUUUGAAAAAUCUGUGUUGAAAACAACAGAAUAUUUACAAGUGCACAACUAUCAAUGUGAGCAAAUAGUUUUUUACUCUAACCUGCAGUUUACA